GGUUUGGGACUGAAUGGCUGUGUGCUGACAGUCUGAAAUGUUCAGUGUUUAGCUAGUUAGAAGAACACGUGUUCUCUGUUUGCGGGCUUACCAGAUAAAUCCACAUCUAUUUUGCUAAUGCUAGCUUAAGCCAUCACUCCAGCUAUGUCUUCCCACAGCAGCGCUGCAGGAGGAAUCCAAGGGCUGCUUCUGAAACUUCACGAAUCACUUUCGGACGAAGACACUAGAGCGGCAGCUUUAAAAUCUCACGAUAUUAUCGGUGAUCUGGUACAGGAGUGCAUGGUAACAGCAACCGAGAAUGAACUCGCACUGCAGACAUCUUUAUUGUUCUCGGAAGACUAUGGGUUGCUUACCUUCCUCAAGAAGUCCCUGGCUUUGGAUGAGCUGCGGGACACUCGGAUUGAAAUCCUGUCUUUUUUGGAGAAGUUCUUGGACAAAGUCUCACCAACGCUCAAAGGUUGGGAAAAGACUUACGCCACUGACAUAAGAGACACAUGCAUCAUCGUGUACACAAAAGACAAAGGAGCCAAAUGCAGGACCCCAGUGCUGGAGCUCCUUAUUAAGGUUCUCCAAACUACAAAGGCUUCCAGUGUUGCUGCAAACUUUAGAAUCACAAAAAUAUUUGACAAAUAUUACAGCGAGCUGUGUGAGAAGAGCAGACUGCCAGAUUCAGUCCUCGGAAAAGUCUAUGAGUUGCUGGGAGUUCUUGCAGAAGUUCAUCCCAGUGAGAUGGUCAACAGCUCAGACAAACUCUACAGGGCUUACCUAGGAGAGCUGAAAGAUCAGAUGACCUCUUCAACAAAGGAACCCAAGCUUUUAGUGGUUGCUGGAUGUCUGAGAGGAAUCACUGCCCUAAUGGUCAACUUCACUAAAACCAUGGAAGAAGACCCAGCAACAUCCAAGGAAAUCUUUCAGUACACCUUAAAGUCAAUCAGUCCCCAGAUGGACAUGACUCGAUAUGCAGUCACGUUUGCCGGCCUCAGGUUGCUCGCCAGACAUGCCUCCCAAUUCAGCAGCUGCCUCAUGGACCACUACAAACCUUUAUUUGAAGUUAUGUCCAAACUCUGUGGACACAUCAAUGGGGAAAUGAAGAAGACGAGUUACUAUGCACUUGAGGCCUUCCUCAAACAGGUUGCAUUGUUGGUGGCUGACAAUAUCGAGGAGCAUAAAACCAAGCUGAAGUUCUUCAUGCAGAAGUUCUGCAGCAUCAUUAAGACCAUGGACUCGACAUACAAAGAGCUGUCGAUUGCCAUACGCGGAUAUGGAUUCUUUGCAGCGCCAUGCAAGAAGGUUUGCCCCCAGGACGUAGACUUGAUGUACACCGAGCUGAUUCAGCGCUGUAAGCAGAUGUACCUGACAGAGUCCGACGGGGAGGAUGACAGCUUCUACCAGCUGCCCAGCUUUCUGGACUCGAUAGCCAGUGUUCUUAUUCACCUGGACAAGAUUCCAGAGGUAUAUACACCACUGCUAGAGCGCCUCCUUGUGGUGCAGAUCGACAGCUUCCCUCAGUACAGCGAGAGAAUGCAGAUUGCUUGCACCAGGUCCAUCCUUAAGGUGCUGGUGGCCAUCGCUUCUAAAGGACCCGUUCUAUGGAGUUUCAUUAGCUCUGUGGUUCACCAAGGCUUGAUCCGCGUCUGCUCAAAACCCCUCACGCUUUCUGAGGACACAUCGAGCAGUUCCUCUGAGUCUUCCCAAGUUCGCACUGGGAAGUGGAAAGUUCCAGCUAGUCACGACUACCUUUCUCUGUAUAAAAACCUUUUAGACUGCGAUCGGUUGAAGGAUUCAGGUUUUUUGGAUGGAGCGUUUGAAAGUCAGAAUGCAGCUCUCGGGUCUUUGAGCCGUCUCCUGUAUGACGAGUUGGUGAAGUCGAUUCUGCGUAUCGUGGAAAAACUGGACUUGUCAGUGCAAAAAGUAACAACAGGAGAGGAGGCUCCAGAUGAUGCAGCCCACAUCCUGCCCUCGUCCGACCCCACUGCUCACCUGCUCCCCAAUAAGGUCAAAGACUUCACCGCCUUUAUCAAUCUGGUGGACUUCUGCAGUGAGUUGUUGCUGAAUAAACACAUGGAGUAUUUUCACUCUUGGAUGUAUCCCCUAAGUCAUGAGCUCAUCCUCCACUCCAUAAGAAAUCCUCUUGUCAGUGGCUUUUACAAGCUGCUUUCUGUCACCAUGAAAAUUGCCAAGAGAAUAAAGUACUACCAGGGAGUUGGACUGAGAAACUCGACAUCCCCCCAGAGUGACUCGGUGAAAACUGCUUGUUUUGCACUCUUCUCCAAGUUUGGAAAAGAGGUGUGUGUUAGAAUGAAGCAGUACAAAGAUGAGCUCCUGGCAUCCUGCUUGACUUUUGUCCUCUCAUUGCACCACAACAUUGUAGCUCUGGACAUCAAGGCCUAUUGUCCUGCUCUUGAGACUGCUCUGAAAUUAGGCCUGAGCCACAUUCCUUUGGCCAACGCAGCCUUAGAUGCUCUUGAGGACUGGUCCUCACACAUUCCUCUGAAGACGAUGCAGCCCUGCUACACCAGUGUCCUUCCUCUUCUGGACGGAUACCUGAAAACCUCCUCCACUGACAACAAAGAUGAGAGCAACUGGGAGGUGAUAUCGUCUUUGUCUUCAAAAAGUGACAGAGGAUACAGCAGGGUGAUGAGCAGGCUUCUGAAGAAAUCCGACCAGCUUUCUAUGGAAGAUGCUCCUCUUGUCAAGGUGAGGCUGAGGGUAGUGAAGCUACUCGGUCACUUGGGAGGAAAGUUAAAUAGAAACCUUGUAACUGUGGUCUCCUCAGAAGAAAUGAUGAAGAAAUUUGUGUCUUGGGAUACUGAGAAAAGACUCAGCUUUGCAGUGCCAUUCAAGGACAUGAAGCCGGUCAUCUUCCUCGACCCAUUUUUGCCUCGGAUCAGUGAGCUGGCUCUUUCCACAAGUGACAGACAAACUAAAGUAGCAGCUUGUGAGCUGCUCCACAGCAUGGUGGUCUACAUGGUUGGGAAGAGUGCCCAGAUGGCUGAAGGAGAGAAUACAUUGCCACCUAUGUACAAGCUACACAAACGACUGUUUCCUGUCCUACUACGUCUGGCUUGCGAUGUUGAUCAGGUAACCAGACAGCUGUUUGAACCACUGGUUAUGCAGCUCAUUCACUGGUUCACAAAUAACAAGAAGUUUGAGAGCCAGGACACAGUUGCUGUUCUUGAGGCCAUCCUGGAUGGCGUGGUCGACCCAAUGGACAGCACUCUCAGAGACUUCUGUGGCCGCUGCAUUGAAGAGUUUGUCAAAUGGUCUAUCAAGCAAACCACCCCCAAGCAGCAGGAGAGGAGUCCCACCAACAUGAAGUCUUUGUUUAAGCGCAUCUACAGCUUGGCUCUCCACCCCAAUGGCUUCAAAAGACUUGGUGCUGCCUUAGCAUUCAAUAGCAUCUACAGACAAUUCAGGGAGGAAAAUUCAUUGGUGGAACAGUUUGUCUUCGAGGUUCUCGUCAUAUUUGUCGAAAGUCUGGCUCUUGCACACUCAGAUGAACGAUCUAUGGGUACAUUACAGCAGUGUGGCAGUGCCAUUGACCAUUUAAAAAGAAUAAUCAAACACAAGGCUCCCAGUCUCAAUCACCACAAUGCAAAGAGACGCAUCCCAAGAGGCUUUCCGCCCGAUGAGAAGCUGUGCCUCUCAGAUGUGGUUUCAUGGCUCUUGGAGCAAUGUGGCCGCCCUCAGACUGAGUGUCGCCAUAAAUGCAUGGAGCUCCUGUAUGAGUUUAUCCCCCUCCUCCCAGGGAAGAAAUCCCCACCUCAGUGGGUGGAUGGCAUGCUGAAGGAUCAUGGCACAGACUUUCUGAUGUCACAGUUUGAGGGCGGAGGUCUCCUCUCCCAACCAACACUCAGGGACCUGACGAGCCCUUUCAGUGUCCGAGCCACGCUGCAGUGGCUGGACCUCCUGCUGGCUGUUCUGGACUGCUACAACACUUUCAUCGGCCUACACAUUAUCAAGCCUCAGUACAUUCUAAGCUCAAAAGACAAAUCGAGGUUUCUGAAAGCUCUGCAUUUCUUUCUGACGGAGCUGGCAACUCAUGAACUGGUAGCAGCAGAGAGCUGUUUCCCACUUGGUGAGAAGACCUCACACUUCAGCCCAAGAGAGGUGGAGCAGUACAACUACAGCAAAUGCACCAUCAUUGUUCGCCUGCUGGAGUUCACCACAAUGAUUCUUGCCAAAGGAGACAAGGAGCUUUGGAAGUCUCUGGAACAAGAGUUUUUAUGCUCAGUUUUUUUCGAGCUGACUGCGAUGGUGGUUUGCGAGCCGUCCGCUGUAGGCUUCAACAUGGCAGAUGUGGAGGUAAUGAAGAACCUACCAGAAGUGUGUGUUCCUCUACUGAAAGCACUGCUGGCCUCACCUUACUGCAGUCGUCUGGAAAGCAGCUUGAGGACAAAAAUCUCAUGUAAAAGUGUAGAGGGCUUGUGCAACGUAGACCUGUACCAUUCCAGCACUCUCAGCCACCAUGACCAGAUGGAAAUGGUUCUGUCUUCCUGUAAGCAAAUUCACAAAGCCGGCUUCCUCAGCUCCAUCCUGCACAGCCAGGAUUCAUCUUAUGGCAAAAAACUUGGAUCCCAGCUUCUAAUGACGGUGUAUAAAGGCAUAGCACCAGGAGAAGAAAGGAAGGCACUUCCAUCCUUAGACGUAAACACCAGGAGAGUUGCAGAUGGUCUGCUUCAGCUUGCGUUUUCUCUCAGUCAGCAGAGCGAGCAGUUGGUAGAUUUGCUCUUGAACACCAUCAUGCUUUCUGUGCCCGUGUCUGGAAGUCACAGCCACAACUUCCUGAGCUUCUCGCAUGGCGAGUACUUCUACAGCCUUUUUCAGGCGACCAUCAACACUGAGCUGCUGAGAAGUCUGAACACAACAGUGCCACGCCUGAUGAAAGCUUCUUCCCAAAACCCCAGCAUGGUGAGCGUGUUGCUGAAUGGCAUGCUGGACCACAGCUUUAAAGAACGAUCGGUGAGGAAGACUCAGGGGAAGCAGCUGGUUGAAGAGGUGCUAAAACGAUGGAUGAGCCUGCAGUCAUGGUGGGAGGGAGAUUCUUCCACCCCAGAGAGCAAAACUGCCAUCCUCCUGCUGCUCUCCAAGCUUCUGCAGAUUGACUCCUCUGUCUGCUCCGAUAUAAAACAUGAAGCAUUCAGACAGGUGUUUUCCACUUUCACUGUGCUGCUGGUUGACAUGAAUCUGCCGCUGAAUCUCAAGAGCCAGGCUCUGCUGGUGUUGCCCUUCUUCACAACACUCCCAGAAGAGCCACUAGCUGAGCUGCAGGUAGCGCUCGACACCCUGGUGGCUUCACACUUCCCCAUGCAGUCUGAUGAGUUUGCUAAGGGCUCCCUUCAUCGCAACAACUACAUGGACUGUGUCCGAAAGUUCCUGGACGCCCUGGAGCUUUCUCAGAGCCCACUCCUGCUCAAACUACUUGCGGGAAUUUUGUGUCGAGACACAAAACACAUCAUGGAGGACCAGUUCCAAACCUGUUUCCAAAGAACUGCCAAGCGGGCAAGCGUUGAGCGGCAGCUCCAGCUGCUGUGUACAGUUUACGGGGUGAUUCAACAAGGUGACGUGCCGAUGAGCUCCAUGCUGCAGGCCAUGAUGGAGAGAGUUCUGCUGCCUCUGGCCUCUCACUGCAGCGCCAAGGCCCUGAAUGACUUCUUCAUCACAAACGUCUUUGACAUAAUUUCUUUCCUGCUCAGUCGAUUCACCAAGUCAAGCGAGACAGCCUUUGAGGUCCAAUUGCUGAAGAAGAAUGGCUGCUACAAGCUGAUGGAGCUUUUGUAUUCACGGCUUCCCAAAGAAGAGGUUUACUCAAAAGAGUCCCGCAUUAAUCAAGCCUACUGUCGCUCUGAGAAAACUGAGGGAAACGAGAUGUCCAAGACUUUGAUCAAGUCGUGUUUUGAAGCCUUCACUGAGAACAUGGCUGGUGAGACUCAGCUCCUUGAACUCCGGAGACGCUAUCACUGCACUUCGUACAACUGCGCCAUCGCCGUCAUCAGCUGCAGCUUCAGCGAGCCCAAAUUCUACCAUGGCUUCCUCUUCAGUGAGAAACCUGAGAAGAAUCAGUUUAUUCUUGAAAACAUUAUUGAUGUUGAAAGGACCUACAACUUUCCAAUUGAAAUUGAGGUCCCGCUUGAGAGGAAAAAGAAAUACGUUAUGAUUCGAAAAGAAGUAAAUGAAGAGAAUGGAGAAGCUCCAGUCUAUCUGUCCUCCCAGUCAUACAUGGCUGACAGCAGCCUGAGCGAGGAGAUGAGCCAGUUUGACUUUUCCACAGGAGUCCAAAGCUUUUCCUUCAGUUCCCAAAACCCAGAAGGAGAAAAGCGGGCUGUUGCAAAAAGAGAGACAGAGGAGAUGAGCCCGUCCCAGGAUGCAAUGGUUGAUCUAGAAAUGGAUGAGCUAAACCAGCAUGAAUGCAUGACGACCAUGACUGCUCUUAUUGGGCACAUGCAAAGGAACAACAUAACCCCCAAAACUGAACAGGGAAAUGUGCCCAGUGAGCUUCCUCCAUGGAUGAAAUUCCUACAUGGAAAACUGGCAAAUCCAUCAACACCUCUGAACAUUCGACUCUUCAUCUCUAAGCUGAUCAUCAACACAGAGGAGGUGUUUCGGCCUUAUGCCAAGUACUGGCUUGGGCCACUUCUACAGCUUGUUGUCUCUGGAAACACUGGAGGAGUGGGGAUCCAUUUUAUGGUGGUGGAUGUGGUGGUUACGGUGCUAUCCUGGACAAGCCUGGCUACACCCAAAGGUAACCCCAGAGAUGAAGUCCUUGCCAACCGGCUGCUGGAGUUCCUGAUGAAGCACUGCUUUCACUCUAAGAGGCCCGUUUUCCGCCACAACCUGGAGAUCAUCCGCACUCUGGUAGAGUGCUGGAAAGACUGUCUGCAUGUGCCUUACAGUCUAAUAUACGAGCGAUUUUGUGGCACUGACGCUAACAGCAAAGACAACUCUGUCGGGCUUCAGCUGCUGGGAAUCAUCUUGGCAAACAACCUCCCUGCCUACAAUGCGUCGUGCGGAAUUGAAUAUGAGAGGUACAUUCAGUCUCUCACCACCAACGUGUCCUAUGUAAGAUAUAAAGAAGUCUACUCGGCUGCUGCUGAAAUUAUCGGCCUCAUCCUGAAGAGCAUGACUGAUAUGGGCGAGCAACAUCAAGAACUUCUCAGUCUUGCUACAAGUAAGAUAACAAAUCUGAAGAAAAAAGACCUGGAUGACAAGUUCAUUAUUUGUUUGAACAAAGUCUCCAAGCAUUUUCCUCCAUUUAUGGAUCGGUUUGUGAAUUAUGUGUUCUUCCUCCUGCCAAAGCUGCACGGCGUCUUAAAGACUAACUGCUUGGAGUGCGUUCUGAGCCGUGCUGAUGUCAUUCCAGACAUCUUCCUGCAGCUGAAGAUCACCGGCUUCAUUCAGAUGAUGAACCAUAGGGAUGAGGCACGGCAGAGAGCAUGCCUCGAUAUCAUCCACAAGAUUAUUCCCCGUCUGACGCCGGUGGAGCUUCAAGAGCUGCUGGGCUCUGUGACGGCUUUCGUCUCUCAUCCUUCUCCAGUCUGCAGAGAGCGGAUGUACGACAUCCUAAUGUGGAUCCAGGACAACUAUGGCGAUGAUGAAAGCAUGGAAGACAACACCUCAAUAGAAAUUCUCAAUGCUGCUAAAGAAACACUGCUUCAGGGUUUGUCAGAAGAAAAUCAAGGCCUUCAGCUGUAUGUUUGUAACUUCUGGAGUCAGGAGAAGCGCCUCCCCACUGCGACCCUCGAGCGAAUGUUGAUGGUGCUCCGUUCUCUGUACUCCUGCAAAAUAGAGAGGUGCUUUUUAAGCCUGGCCACCAAUCUGCUUCUGGAAAUGACGAGCCAGAGUCCGGACUUUAAACGAAACAUGUUUGAGUAUCCGCUGUCCGAGUGCACCUUCCAGGACUAUGUGAUCGAUUCCAAUUGGCGCUUCAGGAGCACAGUAAUGACCCCCAUGUUUGUUGAAACCCUAAGCUCUCAAGGCCCAGAGAGUGUGGCAGCAUCUCAGUCUGGAGCGAUGAAGGGAAAGCUCCGAGCCACGCAGACUUCAUUAGAGUUCAGUCAGACACAAACACAAGGUCGACGUACUGCAUAUAACUGGCUGACAGGCAGCAGCGUGGAUACGCUGGCAGAGUACUCACUCGGCUCCGAGUCGAUGUCGUCGUUGCUGGUGUUUGAUAAGAAAGCAGAGAGGCGAACCGCAGCGAGAAGACCAAUAGGAGAAGGCUUUGGGCUGAGGCGCCUCACUGCAUCAACAGAUGAGGUGGACAGCCGCACCAGAGCAGUAAAUGAGCAGCGGGCUAACAUCCUGAGACUGAGACGCAGGUUUCUGAAGGAUCAGGAGAAAGUCAGCUUAGGUUUUGCCAAAAAGGAGAUCCAGCAUCAACGGCAGGAAAAGGAAGAAAAAGCCAAUCUGGCCCUUAGAAAAGAGGCUCAGGUGACUUUGUAUCGUAACUACAGGGUGGGAGACUUUCCAGACAUCCAAAUCCCGUACAGUAACCUCAUCGCUCCACUUCAAGCUCUAGCACAGAGAGACCCGAUUUUAGCCAAACAACUGUUCAGCUCUCUUUUUGCUGGUAUACUGCAAGAAAUGGCGAAACAACAGAGGCCAGAGGAGAGCGCGAGGAUCAAAGAGGAGCUGCGGUCCAACAUGAGCAACUUCCUGAGCAAGAGUACGCUCUGCUUUCCUCCGUUUAUAGCAUGUGUGCAGGAUAUGUGCUACCAACAUAAAGAGCUCCAACAGCUCAACCCAGCUUCCAUCAGCUCCACUUGUCUCAUGAGUCUGCAGCAGCCAUCGGGCAUCCUGCUGCUGGAAGAGGGUUUACUGCAUGCUGACGGCCCCACUGAACGUCCUGCCAAACGGUCACGAGGACACAAAGAAAUCCCCCCAGACACCAAUAAAUGGAUUAAUCUCGCAAGGCUUUACAAAUCUUUGGAAGAUUAUGAUGUUGUGCGUGGAAUCUUUGGUGGUAAAGUCGGGACCAAAUCCAUCACUUGUACUGCGCUCCAAGCUGAAGCCAACACUGACUUUGCAGAGGCUGUGAAGCUUUACAAUGAGGCUCUAAACACCGAGAGCUGGCCUGAUGGCGAGCCCACAGACAGCGAGAAGGACUUCUGGGAGAUGGCUGCUAUGGAUGCAUAUAGUCAUUUGACUGAGUGGAAGUCUCUUCAGUACUGCUCCACUGUGAACAUAGAUGAAAACUCACCACCCAACUUGGAAAUGAUGUGGUCAGAGCCUCUCUACCAGCAAGAGGACUACGACCGCGCCAAAUACUACACAAACUACGCCAUGCAGCUCUUUAUGGAGAGUUACUCCAACGUGGAUACACUCCUGACUAAAAGCCGGCUAACCAUUCUGCAGUCAGUGCAGGCCUUGACCGAAAUCCAGGACUUCCUGUUGUUUAUUAAAGAAGAGGUGUCUUUGGACUCCCUCAAGCACCUCAUCAGAUCAUGGACUGAACGGUAUCCUGAUGCUAAAGUGGACCCAGUGAAUGUGUGGGAUGAUAUCAUUACAUCUCGGUGUUUCUUUUUGGAUAAGAUCAGGGAAAAGCUCAGAGGCCAUGCUCCAUCUGACAGCAUGGAGGUGGACGGCUCAGGUGACCCAGCGGGCGACAUUGAGACAUUAGUAAAUGACUGCAAGUUCAACAUGAAGCUACGCAUGGCUGAUGGAGCCCAGAAGCAGAAUAACUUCCCCGUAGCUGUGAAGCUGCUGAAAGAACUUCAUAAAGAAGCCAAAAUGGACAGAAGAUGGCUGCUGCGGUGGGUCCACAGUUUUAGCCGCUACAGCCAUAAACGGUGUCAGGCUCAGGGUCCUGUGGAGCAAAUCAGCACCAUGCUGAAAACCAUCCCACUCCUGGAGGACCUUCAGGCUGACACUGACAGUCAGAGUGCUACAGCUAAAGUGUUCAGAUACCAGAAGAUUCUCCAGGGUACAUCGUUCGACAUCUUGGCCACAGCUGUAAGCAGAAGUCCGUCAGUCCUAGGAACUAUCGAUGCUGACAAAGCAGAGAGAGUCGUAAAGCUUUCUGGAGUUUCCUCGUCCAAUGCAGAUCCAAAGAAAGUGGAAGUGGGAUUGCAGUUACAGGCGCUGAAGUUGCUAUGUGAAGCGACCAGAAAGGCCGACGAGGAGCUUCAGUCUUAUUCUCAGGACUUUGUGGAGACUAGCAGCGUCAUAGAGACGUACAUGACCUUGGCUAACUUCUGUGACAAACGGUUAAGAGAGGAGGAGCAGAGCGAUGCUGAAACACAGUUUCCAGACCUUCUGGUGCUGCCGAUGCAUGUAGUGGAAAACAUGUUGAAAGCACUGAAGAUGAAUUCAGAGGAGGCUCGCCUCAGGUUCCCACGCCUGCUACAGAUCAUUGAGUUGUACCCGUCUGAGACGCUGGACCUCAUGACAAAAGAGAUGAUGUCUGUUCCCUGCUGGAUGCUGAUUAGCUGGAUCAGUCAGAUGGUUGCUCUUUUGGACAAGCCAGAAGCUGUGGCAGUACAGCACUGCAUAGAGCAGAUAGCAGAGUGCUACCCUCAGGCACUGGUUUAUGCACUCAUGAUCAGCAGUGAGAGCUACCAGUUUGAGGACUCGGCUACAGGACACCAGCAACAGGAGUUUGUCAACAGGCUCAAGAGCAUGCUGGACAAGGGAGGUGCUGUGAAGAACUUUGUGGAUGCGCUUCAGCAGCUGACAAAUCCUGAGAUGAUUUUUAAGGAUUGGUGGGAUGGCGUAAGAAUUGAACUGGAAAAGCCGACUUUUAACAGGAAGCAAAUGGGAGACAUGUAUGAAGAGAUGCGGUCUAUACUCGGAGACUGCAGCGCAGAUAGUCACGGGAUGUUUCGAAAGAAAUUCAUUAAAAAGUUUUUCAAAGACGUGGAGAAAUUGUUGGGACCGAACGGCAAACAGCUGUUUGAAAAGAGGAAAGAUGAAACCUUUUUGCAGAAAGUGGACCUGGACCUGGUUGCAUCCAUGCGUGGAUUUCAGAAGGAGCCAGGGAACCUGAAGGAAUACUCACCUUGGCUGAGUGGAUUUAAAGCAGACUCAUUCAGAAAUGAGCUGGAGAUCCCAGGACAAUAUGACGGGAGAGCCAAACCACUGCCAGAGUAUCAUGCAAAGAUAACCGGCUUUGAUGAGAGGGUAAAGGUGAUGUCUUCUAUUCGUCGUCCCAAGCGUCUCAUCAUUCGUGGGGAUGACGAGCGGGACCAUCCCUUUCUGGUAAAGGGCGGGGAGGACCUCCGACAGGACCAACGAAUCGAACAGCUUUUCGCUGUCAUGAACAUCCUGCUGAGCCAGGACACGUCGUGUUUGCACAGAGGCUUGCAGCUCCGCACCUAUCAAGUCAUUCCUAUAAACACAAGAAUUGGUCUGAUUGAAUGGAUGGAAAACACCUGUACUCUAAAGGAGUUUGUGCUCAACACAAUGACUGAGGAGGAGCAGCAGAGGGCAGGGAGUUCCAUGGAUGAGUACAACGCCUGGCUCUCACGCUUUGCACCAGAAAACCGAAAAGACAAAAAUCGUGUGAGCGCUAUUGCACUUUAUGGUCUGGCCUAUAAGAAAGCAAAACGUGCCGAUGCUGUCAACAACUUUAUGAAAGUAUUGCAGUGUGUGCCCAGCGAUUUGCUGAAGAGAGCUUUUCUAAACAUGUGCAACAGUCCGGAGGCCUUUCUGUCCCUGCGAUCCCACUUCAUUAGCUCUCACGCUUUGCUGUGUGUGAGUCACUGGAUUCUUGGGAUUGGAGAUCGCCACCUCUCCAACUUCAUGAUAAAUAUGGAAACAGGGGGCAUGAUUGGCAUUGACUUUGGGCAUGCGUUUGGCUCAUCCACACAGUUCCUCCCUGUGCCUGAGCUCAUGCCUUUCCGGCUGACCCAACAGUUUGUGAAUUUAAUGCAACCCUUGAAGGAGUCCGGUUUGAUCCAGAACAUCAUGGUUCAUUCGUUGCGGGCCUACAGGGCUGAGCCAGACCUUCUGCUUAACACUAUGGACGUGUUUGUCAAGGAACCCUCCCUGGACUGGAAGAACUUUGAGAUGAAACAACUGAGGAAAGGAGGCACAUGGACAGAGACUGUGAACACCAAAGAAAUCAACUGGUAUCCCUUGCAGAAGGUUAACUUUGCCAAGAGAAAACUGGAUGGAGCUAAUCCAGCUGCUAUAACCAGUGAGGAGCUGAAGCUGGGUUUUGAGAAGGAUGGUGCCUUCCCGGGGAUGCAGUCGGUGGCUCUGGGCACUAAGGAGCACAACAUUCGUGCUAGACUUCCAGCCGACGGCCUGUCAGUGGAGAAUCAGGUGGACUGUCUGCUAGACCAGGCCAUGGAUCCAAAUGUGCUUUGCAGAGUUUGGGUGGGCUGGGAACCGUGGAUUUGAGUCAUUCAAAAUAAAUCACACGUUUAGAAACUGUAUGCAAAUGAUUUUUAGGGCCUGAAAGAAUCCUUUGAUGUCAAAUAUGUUCUCUAAUGCAGUUGUGGAAAACCUUUAUAUGCGUCUUGUUCUUUUUUUGCCAAUUUGCUUGGCAAAAUUGUAUGACGUUUGGAACAAAAGGAAGAAAUAAAAUUCUGUGGAAAGUGUGAAA